UGUCAUCGAUGAUCAUUGUGGCGUCAAGCCGGAUUUGCUUCUGAGUGUUGUGUUUACAGUGCGCCUUGUGCAGUCCAAAUUCCUGCUUUCAGAUGAAACGAAAACAUUGGGGCUCCUUCCAGGAUGGGAGCGACAAGAAAAAGGAACUGUCCAGCACCGAGAUUAUCCUACCCAUGACGAAGAUGGAAAAAUUCCAGCAGAUCAAACUUCCGUACACCAUCACCAGGGAUACACGGCUUCCGUUGAAAAACCCUCUGGUUACCCAGACAGUCGAAGUGAUGAACCAGACUGAGAUGAUCCAAACCCUCAUCGACACAUAUUCCACCAAGUCCGGCUACAGUUACAUACUGAAUCCGUGCCAAUUGAUGCCGAAUAUUGACUUCCCACCGGCCAAUACAGCUGACCUGUGCAGGAAUGAGAAAAUCACCCGCCCUUUCUGGUUCGUUCAUCCACACGAUAGUAAAUUUACGCGUGGAGAACCGAAAAACUAUCCCAAAUUGACCCGACCUGUGCUGAUGCAAGUGCACCGGAAGGUUAUCUGUGGUUUGCUAAGGGUGGCCGGAUUUUCCGAGAUCAACGAGUCGGCCCUUAUCAUGAUGGUCGAUGGCAUAGAUCAGUACAUGAGGAUGCUUUGUGAGGCGAUGCGCGACGUUCUGAUUAGCGAAGGUCGCGAAAUUGAGUCCGCCCUGGAUAUAUUGACUCUGGAGAAAGGCUACCAUUCGGUGACCAAACGAAGCGUGACCAGUUUGCACAACUACUACAAAGAGCUGGGAAACAAGAACAAGAACGAAAUAAAAGAGUUCAAGGACAUCUUCCAGGAGUAUGAUAAGCUGCUUCAGGAGAAUCACAUGUCGGCAGCGCAGAGCAUGCAGUCCAGCAGCAGCAGAGUUGGCGAAAUCAAGGAGGAGGAUUAUAUGAGUUUCUUGGACCCUGGUCAAUCGCAGUCGUCCCAAGGUGGUGCAAACAUGUCUGGAAUGGCCGAUGGGACAUCCGCUAUCAAUAUCAUCAGUUUCCUCAACGGUGAAGGGGCUGGAUCCGGUCUAAAGGACAUUCUAGAUGGUAGUUUGUUAGAAUCGACCCGCGAUUCCGCCCUAGAACACACUGGUCAGCAACAUUCACAAGAAUCGUUUCAUUCGGAAUCGUGAAAAAAAUGAUGACUCUAUUAAAAUCCAUUUUUUAAUCAGUA